GCUUCCCCAGACUCUAUACAUUGUUUAAUGUCACAAGCUCAUGUGUGUGAGCGAAAGGGAUAAUGGGACUGUCUUCAUCGGCAACAUUAACCAUCCCGAAAUCAACCAUUUAAGGUAAUGUUUUCUGAUAUAUGCUCUGUUUGCCCCAAGAAAAUCUGUGGGUGAAACAAUGUGAAAACUUACUAUAAAGCUGACGGCGUUUGCUUCUUUAAAAGGAAAGUUAAAGAUUCAUCAAUAGGAAUCUGAUUUCAUUACCAAUUCAGACAUUCAAAAAGGCUGCAGAGAAUAGGAAGUUGCUUCUAACCGAAACAAUGCAUACCCCAAAAGGCCUGUAACAAUUGCAUAUUUAAGUCAUCAGCAUAUGGUUUAACUGCUUCAUCACAAGAGAGAGGAGAGAGAGACAGAGAGACAGAGAGAAAGCUUCAAUGGAGGAGGAAGUGGUGGAUGCUCUGCUGAAUGGCGAUAGAGAAACUCAGAUUAGAGCAGCCACUGAUCUGGGUGGAUUGAUUGGUAGGCAGAGGCACAAGUUGGCUGAGAAAGGAGUGGUUCCUCCUCUGCUUUCCAUGCUUCAUUCUCAAGAUUUUGAGGCUGUUGAGGCUGCUCUCUUUGCUCUCCUCAGACUCGCCUCUGGAAGUGAAAGGAACAAAGUUCGCAUUGCAAAGGCUGGGGCCAUACCAGUGUUGUUAAGCCUCCUCCAAUGCCAAAGUGAGGUGCUGAUGGAUCUCGCCAUGGCUGCACUCUUGAUCCUCUCUUCUUGCAGAGCAAACAAGCUAGUGAUUGCUGCUUCUGGGGCUAUUCAAAUUCUAGUUGAAAUGCUCAGUGGAGACAACACCGGAGGCGAUAACAAUGGUAGCAGCAUGAGUAUGCAGGCCAAACUCGAUGCCAUAUCCACAUUCCAAAACCUCUCAACUUGCCAUGAGAUCAUUCCAUUAGUUGUGUCUUCAGGUGCUGUGUUUUCGCUGCUUCAACUACUCUGUGGCUGUGACAAAUCAUCGGAGUUGGUCCAGAAGGUGAUAUCGCUGCUAGAAACGAUGGCCUCCUGGUCAGAGAUUGCAGUUGAGGAAGUGGCUGGGACGGGUGGUGCGAUUCAGGCACUGGUUGAGACAGUAGAGGAGGGGAGUCCACAGUGCCAAGAGCAUGCUGUGGGAAUUCUGCUGCUCAUAUGCAAGAGCUGCAGAGAGAAAUACAGAGGAUUGAUUUUGAGGGAAGGAAUCAUGCCAGGGCUGCUUCAGUUGAGUGUACACGGCACGUGGAGGGCUAAGGACAUGGCUCAAGACUUGUUGCUUCUUCUGAGGGAAUGCCCAAACUAUGGUUCAAGAAAGAAACAAUUGAAGAAUGAGCAUUUGGAGCAGAUUAUGAAAGAGAUCGAUGCAGAAGGAGAGGAAGUUGCUGGGACAGCAUUGAGGAUGGUGGAGGAGAUGAUUGCCAAGCUCAAUGUAUGAUUCUUUAGUUGCUGCUCUUCAAAAUUAUACAAGUUUUGGCGUAGGUAGCUAGCUUAUAGGCUCACUCUCUGUGUAUAUAAGAUUGGUUUUCGGCUCCUUUCCCUAGUUGUAGGACUUUGAUCUCUUAUUUUGUUGAUCGAGUCUUUUUCAUUAACAUCUGGCCAAGUCCAUGAGGCGUCCAUUUUUAUUGUAAUAUGAUGUUAUUUGCCUCAUUGGCAGUCCAUGUAAUGGAAAAAAAUGGGAAGCACACUGCCACUUGGAAAUUCUCAGUAAAUUAAAGGAGGUUGGACCUGCACC